AUGGAAGGGACACAACAACGAAACCAGAACGCGGCGCUGACGACACCAUUGAACUUGUCGAUAAAGAAACGGCGUAUACGGAGCCCUGGCCCCUGCGGAAACGACAGUGGUACCGACGGCGGAAGGAAGAAAGAGACGGCUGUGGAGAAGUUGAAGAACGAGGCUUCGGUUGGACCAUCGUAUAACUCGGCCUUUCAGACAGUGUCCGCGUCAUCGACAUCGUCGUCGACGACGGCCGAUGAAUCCAUCGUUAACCUGCUCUCUUCUCCGUCCCUGUUGUUCAACCCAUUGUCGCCUCUUCCGCUCAUGAGCGCCGUCGCUCAGCGGCAGCUGAUGGCCACUCAUGCGCUGACGUCCAGCUCUGAGCAGUUGUUCAGCAACCACAGAUGGAACGUUUCGAAGCAACAGAGGCCGUUCAAGGCCUACAAUCCGACAUACCCUCUUUCGGCGCUACAGGUAAAUAGUGUACCCGGGUCGAUGAACGGUUCGCAUUUAUCUCCAAAGCUGAUCUCUGGAUUGACACCUGCUAUUUUCACGGAGCAGCUGCUCCAGCAGUACAGGCGCUAUGUGUCAAAUUCACAAAAUUCCAGUCGCGGGUUCACCGUCGUUCACAGAACGAAAAGUGCCGAAUCGUCCAAUGCUGACAGUCGAUCGUCAUCGCGCGCCUCCUCGCUGCCGGCGUCAACCGACGAGGCGGUUGAGGGAUUCCGUUUGCCUGCAGGGACUCAGAAUAACACGCCUUCUCCUCCUGAAGUUACAUCUACCUCUCAUCCUCACACGGAACAUGUAAGUCCCCCUUCCCGUCAUAGCAGCUACUCCGGAGCAAGUUCGGACGGUGGCUGCAGGGCGGACACGGCACCACAGACCUCCGACGUGUCAGCAACUGUAGGCACGAAUAUAUCGAGCGCCAAUGCAGGCCGAAGAAAAGGAAGGAUUCUGCCGGAUAUGCUGAAGGAUGAGGCCUAUUGGGAACGGCGUCGCAAGAACAACGAAGCGGCCAAACGGUCACGGGAUGCCAGGCGAGCGAAGGAAGACGAAAUUGCCGUCAGGGCUGCCGUACUUGAACAAGAGAAUAUGCGCCUUCGCGUCGAAGUCGCCGCUUUAAAGGCCGAGACGGAGAAGCUGCGCCAGAUGCUGAUGAAUGCAUAG